AUGUUUCUUUUUUUCGUUCAAUUUUACACAUAUUUGUUUACAUUUUACGCAUAUUUUUUUGUUUCUUUCGCCAUUUUACGCAUAUACUUCCUUUCUUUUUUCUUUCGGACAUUUUACGCAAAUUUUAUCUUUUCUUCUUUCUUUUUGUUUGCAUAUUACUAUUAUUUGGUUCCGUUUUUUUUAACUUUUUUUUUAUAUUUUGUUUUUCUUUUUUUUUUAUCUAUCUUUUUUCUUUUCUUCCAUUAUACGUAUCUUCUUUUUUCUUUGGUUCCUUUUACGCAUAUUCUUACUUUCAUUUUUCGUUGUUUUUUUUUCUUCAUUCAUUCUCAUUUUGUUUAUUUUACAUAUAUUAUUUCAUUCUUUCUUUCUUUAGCCAAUUUUAGACAUAUUGUUUCCUCGUUAUUUCGUCACUUCUUUCUUUGGUUUUAUUUUAAAGAUAUUCUUUAUUUAUUUUCUUUUUGGUUACGUUUUACGCAUAUUUGGUUCCCAUAUUACACAUAUUCUUUCCUUUUUUUUAUGAUCCCAAAUUAUAAAAUAUUCUUUUCAUUUUUAAAAGGAACUUUUUUCUGUCUUCCGUUUUUCCAUUUUUUUUUCUUUCACUGCUUCAUUUUUUGCUUUUCUUUCUUUUUUAGAUUGCCCGUUUUACGCAUACUUAUUUUUUUUUUUUUCCAUUUUAUUUAUAUUUGGUUCUUUUUUGAACAAAAUCUAUUCCUUUUCUUUCUUUUUUUCUUUCUUUCUUUAUUUUCUUUGAAAAUUUCAUUCUUGGCAUAUUCUUUCUUUUUUUCUUUUUAUAAGAUUUUUUUAUUGAUUUCUUUCCUUAUUUCGUUCCUUAUUCCUUUCUUUCUCUGA